GCCCGCGAGGGCCGAUCCGUCGCCGCGUCCGUGGCCCGGGAGAGGCGCGUCGGGAGGGGCAGGAGGCAGCGGGAAGGGCGGCUCGAACGAGCCGGGUGACGCUGGCCGGGCGGACGGCACUGCGAGCGAGUCGGCGGCUGUGGUAGCGCAGCGCGGCGGGACGGGCCCGCGCCGCCCAGCCGUCGUCCCCGCGGGCCGCGGUGACCGGCGGAUGGGGUGAGGCGGCCGCGGCGGAGGGCAGCGGGUCGGCCAUGGCCAGCGCCGGCCCUGAGGAGGGGGAGGCGGCUGCGAGGGAGGAACAAGCCCUGAGGAAGCUGGUCGUCCGGCUCCAAAACGUCCAGGAGAGGAAGCGGCUGGAGACGCUGGUGCAGACCCUGAGCGACCUGCUGGAGCUGGCGGCCCGGCAAAGCGCUCCCCGGCUCUUCAGCGGCAAAAACGUCCAUGUGCCUUUGCUGCUGGUGGUGGACCUGUACCCGGGAGCGGCGGGCGUGCAGCAGAUGGGUUGGUCACUUCUCUGUAAAUUAAUAGAAAUUUGUCCAAGUACUCUACAGAACAUAGCUCCUAAGGAUGUCGGGAAGGACUGGGAAGUACUGGGUGUUCACCAGCAGAUUCUUAAAAUGCUUACAAUCCACAAAGGAAAUAUGAAUCUCUCAGUAAUAGGACUGAAAGCAUUAAAUCUACUCCUGAUGUCAGACGCAAUUACUUUCCUGCUCUUGGAGGAAGAGGUGGAUGUCUUUUCCUUGGUAUUUAAUGCUAUGCACACCUUCCCUAAAAAUGAAGAGAUCCAGCAACAUGGAUGUAAAGCAUUACACAAACUUUUUGAGAAAGUUCCAGAAGAGCAGCUGACUGAAUUUGUUGAAAGCAAAGAUCAUAUGAUCAUACUGAAAGUAUUUAAAGAGUUUCCAGAGAAAGAAGAGGUGAUUCUUCCUGCACUUUAUUCAUUACAUUCCUUAGCUGGUCCAUCCAGCAAUGUUGAAGUGCUCAUGUCUGGAAAUGUUCGCUGCUACAAUGUUAUAGUGGAAAUGAUGAAAAGUUUCCCCAAUAGUGAAACAGUUCAGGAAGUGAGUUGCUGUUUGUUGCAUAAGCUUUCAUUGGGAAAUUUUUUCAAUAUCCUUGUAUUACAUAAGGUUCCAGAAGUCAUUGUGAAGGCUGUUAAAACAUAUCCUGAAAAUGCAAAGUUACAAGCUGCAGCUCUCAGUUGUUUAGCUCUUCUGACUGAAACAAUAUUCUUAAACCGAGACUUAGAGGAAAGAAAAGAAGAGGAGGAGGAAGAGAAAUUAUGCUGGUUGGAAGCAUGUUACCGAGCAUUAGAACUACACCGAAAAAACACAGAUGUGCUGGAGGCUGCAUGCUGGGCUUUGAAAAAUCUGUUUCUGUAUCAAUGCAACCUUCAUGAGAAGAUUGGAGAUGGAGAUAAUCAGUUCCCAGUAGACAGAGCAGUGAUGCUCUCCAUGCUGAUGCACUCCUCUUCAAAAGAAGUAUUUCAGGCAGCUGCUAGUACCUUGGCAAUUUUGUCACAACAAAAUGUAAAUAUCAGGAAGACACUUUUGGCUAAAGGAAUACAUAUGAAUGUUUUACAUAUAAUGAGGAAACAUCCACAUUCUCCUGAAGUGGCUGAAAGUGCCUGCAGAAUUCUGAAUCAUGUUUUCGAAGGAAGUUUCCCUCAUCUGGAUACAAUGACAGUAGCUGCAUCAGAAGUUGUAAAAGCCAUGAGGAAACAUGAAAAAUCACUCUCUGUACAACUGGAAGCACUUCGAGUCCUUUUACACUUUAUGAUGCCCGAUACAAAGAAUGACCAGAAUGGUUCUUCCAGAGAUGUGGGAGAUGCUGCUUUUGCACUUACAGUAAAAGUCAUUAAAAGCCAGUGUCUGUUGGAGGGAACUCAUUCAUUGGUGCUGAGUGCUUUGAACAAGUUUAUUGGAAAUCCUAGCAUUCAGAAGUGUGGAUUAAAACUACUUGCUUCUGUUGCUGAGUGCACUGGUGCACUAGAAAUUUUAACCCAGCAAGGAGCUACUGACACUGUGCUUCAUACCCUACAGAUGUAUCCAGACGAACAAGACAUACAGUGUUUGGGUUUGAGUCUUCUAUGCUCUUUGAUUACAAGGAAGAGUUUGUGUAUUGCAACCAUGCAUGUCCUGUCAACAGUUCUGGUUUCUACUCUCCGACGAUUUAAAGAGGUCACUGAAAUCCAGAUGCAUGGAUUUCAUGCAAUCUUGUCAAUUCUUGGUUUGUCACCUUGUUUUGCAAAGCUGCUGGUACAUGAAUCAUUUGACACAGUCAUUUUCUACCAGAUGUCUAUGUGUUUCACUGACCAGCGAGAUCGACAGUUUCAAAGCCUGUGUUGUAAAUGUUUUGCUAAAAUAGCUGAAAAUGAUGAUUUAAAAAAUAUGAUGCUGGAAAAAGCAUGUAUUGAGUACAACAGUAUUAUGGCUGAAUGUUUACUUCUACUGGGAGCUGAUAUUAAUAAGAAGACAAAGACAAACUCUUUGAUCUAUCAGGUUUGUGAGAAAGGAAAUAAUCCUAAAUUGGUGGAAUUGCUAUUAGCCAAUGGUGCUCGAGAGCAGGAUGUUCGGAGUGCUUUAACCAUCAGUAUAAAGAAAGGAGAUAGCCAAAUUGUCAGCUUGCUUUUGAAGAAGCUUAGCCUUGAUGUCGCCAACAGCAGUAUAUGUCUUGGAGGAUUUGGUAUUGGGAGACUAGAACCUUCCUGGCUCAUUCCUUUGUUCCCAGAUAAACUUACUCCAUUAAGAAGACAAAAUGCAGGUUCUGCACUGGCAAGAAUGGUGCUUAAAUUCCAGAUGAAGAAUAUUUCUGAGGAUAGAUCAAGAGCCUCCUCUGAUCUAAACUUCUCUGAAGAUGGAGUGGAUAAAAACUAUGACUGGAAUUUCAUUUCUGACCCAUUAGUGGACAGUGUUUUUCCUUUGAGUGAUGAUAUUGAUAGUGAAGGAAGCGAAGGUUCACUUUUUACAAAAAAGAAGUCCAAUUCCAUUACAGUUGCUGACUUAUAUUGUAGGGAAAUGGCAUUUCAAAGAGGUUCUCCUACUUUGCCGCGACAUUCCUACUCUGUGGGACCUGGCUCAGAUUAUGAACCAUUAAUGAAACAAAGAAGAAAAUUCUUGCCUUCAGAUGAAUCCCCCAAAAGCAUCUCAAAAUUUUCACCACAUAUAAGACCAUCAGACAGUCUUUCUUCAUUGAUCUCAGAGAAAGAAUAUAUUAAAUCAUUAGAUCUUUCAUCAAAUGAGCUGGAGAACAUUGAUGCCAUCAGCCAGAAUAGCUGCUUAAUUAGUCAUCUGGAACAUCUUGAGAAACUGGAGCUCCACCAAAAUGUUCUUACAAACAUUCCAGAACAACUGUGUGAAAACUUGAAAUGCUUGACUUACUUGGAUUUGCACAGUAACCGAUUUACUUCUUUUCCAACGUAUUUACUGAAAAUUAAUUGUCUUGCAAAUCUUGAUAUCUCUCGAAAUGACAUUGGACCUUCCUUUACUUUGGAUCCAUACCUCAGAUGUCCAACUCUAAAGCAACUUAAUCUUUCUUACAAUCAGCUGGUGUGCACUCCUGAAUUUCUUACAAACGUUGCUGAAAAUCUGGAACAGCUACUGCUAGAAGGAAACAAAAUUUCAUGCUUAUGUUCACCCAUAUGCUUGAAAGAACUGAAAAUUUUAAACAUUAGUAAGAACAAUAUUUCAUCCCUUGCUGAGAAUGUCUUCACGGGUUGUACAAAACUGGAGCAGUUCAACGCCAGGAUGAAUGCUCUUGAAGUAAUACCUGACUUGUCAUCCAGCAUAACAAGCUUAAAAUUAUCCCAAAAUCGUUUUAUUAAUGUUCCAGAAGCAAUUCUUCUAUUACCACAUUUGCGAUCAGUAGAUUUAAGCCAAAACAAGAUCAUAAGCCUGCCUGGACCAAUGCAUUGGAAAUCAUUAAACUUAAGGGAGCUGUUAUUUAAUCAUAAUCAGAUAGACAUCUUGGACUUGAGUGAAAAGGCAUGUGCGUGGUCUAGGCUAGAAAAGCUACACCUGUCCCACAACAAGUUAAAGGAGAUUCCUCCUCAGAUUGGCUUCCUAGAGAACUUGACUUCUCUGGAUGUAAGUCAUAAUCCCGAUUUGAGAUUCUUUCCAGAUGAAAUGGGAAGACUGUCCAAAAUCUGGGAUCUUCCUUUGGAAGGACUCCAUCUUAAUUUAGACUUCAAACAUGUGGGAUGCAAAGCCAGAGACAUUAUCAGAUUUCUUCAACAAAGACUGAAGAAGGCUGUACCUUAUAACAGAAUGAAGCUCAUGAUUGUUGGGAACACUGGCAGUGGGAAAACUACCCUGCUACAACAACUAAUGAAAUGCAAACGAACAGAAUUGGGCUGUCCAAAAGCUACAGUAGGCAUUGAUGUAAAAGACUGGAUCAUUCAAGGAAAAGGCAAAAUGAAGAAAGAGCUUAUAUUAAAUGUGUGGGAUUUUGGAGGACAAGAAGAGUUCUACAGUACCCAUCCUCAUUUUAUGACCCAAAGAGCUUUAUAUCUUGCUGUUUAUGAUCUCAGCAAAGGACAAGCAGAGGUGGAUGCUAUGAAGCCAUGGCUUUUUAACAUCAAGGCUCGAGCUUCAACAUCCCCCGUCAUUCUUGUUGGCACUCAUUUAGAUGUUUCUGGUGAAAUGCAACGUAAGGCCUGCAUGAGUAAAAUUACUAGAGAGCUGUUGAAUAAGCGAGGCUUCCCAGCAAUCCAAGAUUAUCACUUUGUGAAUGCUACAGAAGAAUCUGAUUCCAUUAUCAGACUUCGGAAAAUCAUAAUAAAGGAGAGUCUUCAUUUCAAGAUCAGAGAUCAACCAGUGGUUGGUCAGCUAAUUCCUGACAGCUACCUGGAGCUGGAGAAGAGAAUUUUGCUGGAACGUGAAAAUGUCCCAGUUGAAUUUCCUGUGAUUGAUCAGAAACGCUUACUGGAACUGGUACAAGAAAGCCAGUUACAGUUGGAUGAAAAUGAACUCCCUCACGCAAUUCACUUUCUGAAUGAAUCGGGUGUACUCCUUCAUUUUCAAGACCCAGCACUACAGCUAAGAGAUCUGUAUUUUGUAGAUCCUAAGUGGCUAUGUAAAAUCAUGGCACAGAUUCUGACGGUGAAAGUGGAAGGCUUUUCUAAAUAUCCUAAGGGAAUUAUAAAGCGUUCAGAUGUGGAAAAGUUCCUUUUAAAGAAGAGCAAGUUUCCUAAGAUUUACAUGUCACAAUACUUUAAGCUUCUGGAAAAGUUUCAGAUUGCUUUGCCAUUAGGAGAGGAUCAACUACUAAUCCCAAGCAGUUUGUCUGAUCACAGACCUGUUAUAGAGCUUCCUCACAGUGAAAAUUCAGAAAUUAUCAUCAGGCUUUAUGAGAUGCCGUACUUUCCUAUGGGAUUUUGGUCCAGGUUGAUCAACAGGUUGCUUGAAAUAUCACCUUACAUGCUGUCAGGAAGAGAACGAGCUCUUCGUCCUAAUAGAAUGUAUUGGAGACAAGGCAUCUACUUGAACUGGUCUCCUGAAGCUUAUUGUCUAGUGGAAUCAGCAGUAUUUGACAACAACCCAGACAGUUUUUUGAAAAUCACAUCACCUUCUUGCAGAAAAGGGUGCAUCCUUUUGGGGCAAGUUGUGGAUCACAUAGAUUCUCUUAUGGAAGAAUGGUUUCCUGGUUUGCUGGAUAUAGAUGUAUGUGGUGAAGGGGAAACACUGUUGAAGAAAUGGGCUCUGUACAGCUUUCAGGAUGGUGAAGAACACCAAAAAAUACUACUUGAUGACUUACUUAAAAAAGCUGAAGAAGGUGACCUUUUGGUAAAUCCAGAUCAACCGAGACAUACCAUUCCAAUAGCUCAGAUUGCUCCUGAUCUGAUACUGGCUGAUUUGCCAAGAAAUAUUAUGUUGAACAACGAUGAUCUGGAAUUUGACGAAGCUCCUGAAUUUCUCUUGGGUGAUGGUGGGUUUGGAUCUGUGUACCGUGCAUCUUACGGUGGCGAAGAGGUUGCUGUAAAGAUUUUCAAUAAACAUACUUCCCUCCGGCUCCUGAGACAAGAGCUUGCAGUGCUUUGUCACCUCCAUCACCCCAGUUUAGUGUCUCUGCUGGCUGCUGCAAUCCGUCCCCGGAUGCUGGUGAUGGAAUUAGCCCUUAAAGGAUCUCUCGAUCGUUUGCUUCAACAAGACAAUGCAAGUUUAACUAGAACACUUCAGCACAGGAUAGCUCUACAUGUAGCUGAUGGCUUAAGGUACCUGCAUUCAGCAAUGAUCAUCUACCGUGAUUUAAAGCCUCACAAUGUGUUGCUCUUUACCCUAUAUCCCAAUUCAGCUGUUAUUGCAAAAAUAGCUGACUAUGGCAUUGCCCAGUAUUGUUGCCGAAUGGGAAUAAAAACCUCCGAAGGCACGCCAGGAUUUCGAGCACCAGAGGUUGCCAGAGGAAAUGUUAUUUACAAUCAGCAAGCUGAUGUUUAUUCAUUUGGCUUGCUGCUCUAUGACAUUUUAACAGGAGGAGGUAGAAUAAUGGAAGGCUUAAAGUUUCCAAAUGAAUUUGAUGAAUUAGCAAUACAAGGAAAGUUACCAGAUCCUGUCAAAGAAUAUGGGUGUGCCCCCUGGCCUAAAGUUGAAAAUUUAAUUAAAAAGUGUUUGAAGGAAAACCCUCAGGAGCGACCAACAUCUUCCCAGGUUUAUGAGAUCUUGAAUUCUGCAGAGCUUAUCUGUUUGAUGAGGUAUGUUUCAAUACCCAGCACAUCCACAGCAGAGUGCAUGGUAGCUGCCAAUCAAAGCUGCAAGAAGGCAGGAGUCUGGAUAGGCAAUGGGAACACAGAGAAAGCACAGCUCUCAUUUGUUAACCUAAAUACAGAUGGACAUACAUGUGAGGAUAUUGCAGAUAGUAAAAUUUUAAGUUUGGCUUUAGUGACCCUUCCUACUGAGAAAGAAAACUGGAUUGUAGCAGGAACCCAGUCUGGUUCUCUGUGGGCACUUAACACAGAAGAUGAAGCAAGAAGGCAUCGUUUGCAGAAAAUGUCAGAUUCCAUCACUUGUUUAUACUGCAAUUCUCUUUCAAAACAAAGCAAACAGAAGAAUUUCUUCUUGGCAGGCACAGCUGAUGGCAGACUGGCAGUUUUUGAAGACAGAGCAGUAAAGUGUAAGGGUGCCACACCUUUGAAGAUACUAACUAUAGGAAAUGUUAGCACACCACUGAUGUGCUUAAACGAAUCCUCAUACUUACCUGAAAAAAAUAUAAUCUGGGGAAGCUGUGGAACAAAGAUCAUUGCCUUAACUAAUGAUUUCUCUGUUCAAAAGCUCAUUGAAACCAAGACAAGUCAACUGUUCUGUCAUAAUGCUUACAGUGAUGCAAAUAUUAUUUCAUUAGCAAUAGACAAAUCUAUCUACUUGGCAAAGAAAAACAGCCAUUUUGUGGAAAUCUGGGACAAGAAGACAGAAAAACUUUCAGAACUAAUUGACUGUGCACAUUUUCUUAAGGACAAAGAGGAAAAAUUAAAUAAGGAAUCAAAACAUAAACUGGCUUAUUCUGGAAGAGUGAAGACAAUUUGCCUGCAGAAAAAUACUGCGUUGUGGAUAGGGACAGGAGGAGGGCAUAUCUUGCUGCUUGAUUUAUCAACACGUCGUCCUGUACGAGUUAUAGACAACUUUUGUGACUCUGUUAGAGUCAUGAUAACAGCUCAGCUAGGGACUCUCAAGAAUGCAGUCCUGGUUUUGGGAUAUUGUUAUAAAGGUGACACCGAAGACAACAAAUAUCACAAAGAAUUACAAUCCUGUGUGUCAGUGUGGGACAUUAACCUGCCCCAUGAAGUACAAAACCUGAAAAAACAUGUAGAAAUGAGACAGGAACUAGCAGAAAAAAUGAAGAGCGUUUCUUUGGACUGAAAAGUCACCCUGCAAGUGCCAUUCCCUUUUCUAGUCUUCCAUCCUAACAUACUGUGCAAUAUUUACAACUCCUUGUUGCUGAGGUUUUUAACUGAAAACCAGGAAGAAAACUGCCACGAGAGAAGCAGUUGGUAUCCACAGGAUACCAAGAAAAAAGAAGGAUAAGUUAUUUGUAAUAUUUGAAAGGACAGAAGACUAUUGAGACGUUCUGAAUCUAAAGUGUUAUCAUGCGUCUGUUUACUUGUGAAGUUCUGCUCUCAGCAACUAUGGCUCAACGUCAGGAUAAAAUUGUUCAUCUGGUUUUUGAGCCCAGUUAAAUUGGGAGUAAGCCAGGAGACUGUAAAUAGUUCCUAUUUACUUCAUUAUCUCUACUGAGUUGACACUGUAGUAAGAAGCAAAAUGUAAGCCUCUAUGUGUUUAUUGCAGUUUGCAUGCAUGAGUUUGCUCUGAUGCUUCGUGUUUUAGUAAGAAGUCAGAGCUCAUGACCCUGAGUAUAUGAAAGAAAACAUUGUAUUUUAUAUAAUAGCAGUGUUUAAAGGAAUAUCUAAUGACUACAUUACUCCUUGAAAAUAACAGGCAGAAUAGUCUUUAUUUCUUCCACAAAUAAUUGACUUUUUAUUUUGUUACGAUCAGAAAAAAACAUUGUGCUACAAUAAUAAAAUAGCUUAGAAUUCAGAAUUUAAAUAUACCAACAGACUUCUGCAAGUCGCUGUCCUCUUGCAGUUCUGCAGUCUGCCUUGUUCUAGGAGAUGCAGUCACAACUUUAUGAACAUUACCAUUCACAUACGUCUCUUGUACAGUUCACUUUGAAAAGCCAAGAGAAAAGAGAGGGUGAAAGCUCUGAUCUAAAUGCUGCUACAACUUGUACCACAAAGAAAGAAGCGUGCUGCUGUAGCCAGACUGCUAGUUCUUAGUCCAACUUGCUUGUUUGCUUAUGUCAAUCUAAAAAAAAAAAAAAAAAAAGGAACUUUCACUUUGAUAUUGAUAACAUACAAAGUUUCCACUUGUUUUGAUAUAUAUUGAAAUUUUGGGGAUAAGCAGGGAAACCUUGAGGAAUACAAGAAUUGGCUACUUCUUGUGUGUAACUACCAGAAUUUGUUGCCACACAUCUUCAGUCAAAUGAUGCCUUUUACUGCUCUCUGGCUAUAAGUCCAAGCUGCUUCUUACAGCCUGCACUGACAUGCUCCCAGUGCGUGCCUUAUUUCUGUCCGUCAGAAGACAGAUGUCAUUUUCUUUUUUUUGAUACCAAAAAAUCUCUAGGGUGCUCCUGAAAUCUCCAGGAGUGGAGUGUCCAGAGCCAUUCUUGAGUUUAUUUCUAUGGAGCUGAACAAGGUUGAGAAACCAAGAAGUUCUCAGUUCCAUUUUUACAGUUUUGGAGAAAUCAUAUACUAGGACAGCAGCAUUUAUUGUGUCCAACUCUAUCAUUGUUCUGUUUUCUGCCAUUUUUUGAGUGUGUACUCAGGAUUCCUUUCAGAUAUGCACCCUGGUUUUUAUGUAUUCUUGUAUUCUGCAUACUUAGAAUAAUUUGCUAUUUAUAUGGGAUUUUAUAACUCAGAAAAUAUAUAUUAUCUUAUAAUGAAUACUUUUUUAAAAAAUAGAAUAUAUGUAUUGUGAUUAUGUUUAUUUAUAAGUCAUUUUAAGAUGUAAGCCUUAAAUCUUUUUAUUAAAACUGUGCUUUGUUAAUAACAUAGUCUACUGUGUCAUUGCUGGCUUUCCAAGGAGGAGCUUUUGUGUGUGGUUUUUGUGGAGCUGAAUCCCUUACAUCAGGAUGAUGCAAGAUCCCAGUUCUGUGGGUUGUGUUGACAGAGCUGCGUUCCCACUUGUUCUCUGUUUCAUAGUGCACGUCUGGAGCCCUUCUCCUUCCCCCAGUUUGUCUUCUGCUUUGUGUUCAUUGCAGCCUUUCCCAGAGAUGAGAGGUGACCUGUAAGCACUGCUGUCCUUGCAGCCCUUAGUCACCUCUAGCUGGCGGUGUGCCCCAAGGGUCAGUGCUUGGGCCAGUCUUGUUCAACAUAUUCGUCAAUGACCUGGCUGAGGGGACAGAGUGUGCCCUCAGCAAAUUCGCUGAUGAUACUGAGCUGGGAGGAGUGGCUGACACACCAGAAGGCUGCACUGCCAUUCAGUGAGACCUGACAGGCUGGGCGGCGAGGAAUCAAAUGAAACUCAGUAAGGGCAAGUGUAGGGUCCUGCACCUCCUGCAUAGAGGAAUAACCCCAGGCACCAGUAAAGGUUAAGGGUUGACCUGCUGGGAAGCAGCUCUGCAGAGAAGGACCUGGGAGUCCUGCUGGAUGACAAGCUCUCCAUGAGCCAGCAAUGUGCCCCCGUGGCCAAGAAGGCCAAUGGUAUCCUGGGGUGCAUUAAGAAGAGCGUGGCCAGCAGGUCGAGGGAGGUUAUCCUCCCCCUCUACUCUGCCCUGGUGAGGCCACAUCUGGAAUAUUGUGUCCAGUUCUGGGCUCCCCAGUUCAAGAAAGACAGGGGACUACUGGGGAGAGUCCAGCAGAGGACUAUGAAGAUGAUGAGGGGACUGGAGCAUCUCUCUGAUGAGGAAAGGCUGAGAGAGCUGGGUCUGUUUAGUCUGGAGAAGAGAAGACUGAGAGGGCAUCUCAGCAAUGCUUAUGAAUAUCUAAAGGGUGGGUGUCAAGAGGAAGGGGCCAGACUCUUUUCAGUGGUGCCCAGUGACAGGACAAGGGGCAAUGGGCACAAACUGGAACACAGGAAGUUCCAUCUCAACGUGAGGAAAAACUUCUUCACUCUGAGGGUGACCGAGCACUGGGACAGGCUGCCCAGAGAGGUUGUGGAGUCUCCUCUGGAGAUAUUCAAAACCCACCUGGACUCAGUCCCGUGCAACCUGCUCUAGGUGAUCCUGCUUUAGCAGGGGGGGAUGGACUAGAUGAUCUGCAGAGGUCCCUUCCAGCCCCUGCUGUUCUGCGAUUCUUCCAUGAUUUUCCAAAAAAUGACGAUCCAUAGACUGAAUCUGCACAGCUGCCUGUCUGCCAAGCAUGGUGUUUCUUGGAGAGAAUAGUGACAGGGUGCACCCUGUCAAACAAAGUGGACAGCCCUCAGCCUCCGUCUCUUUCCUGAGUGUGGAAAGCUGUGGAAGGAGGUGGCUGCAAAACUGCCUGGCCAGGAGUGGGCAGGCAGCAAGUGCAGGGCCAACUGAGAAGCGCCCAGGGACUGGCCUCCCCUUCCCGGCUGAGACGUGCCACCAAGGGGAAGAUCAAUACUUCUGUGCAACAGCCCUUGAAACCCGCGCGAUAAGGAACCCUUUUCCUAGAAACACCUCUACUGACAAACUAUAUGGAAAGAGGGGGAAAAAAAAAUCCAUGACACUAUGUUCCCUCUGGUUUUAGUGGAGCUGUUUGGAAACCAGUAAGAUGUGAUCACCUGAAGAGUAUAAGCUCUACCAGCUGUAACACUCCCUGUGUACUUAGGAUAACAUCCAGCACCUGAGAACAGAAGGAUGCCCCUUCCUGAACUGCUGAAACAAGCAGCAUGGUGUGGCUGUGAUUUAACCCAUGAGCUGGGACACGAUUAACCCGUGCGCCUCAGAACUGCAGCCAAAGGAUACCGAGGUUUAGACCUAAAGACAAGGA